CACGCCCUACAAGCUUAUCUUAAUAACAGCUGAGCUGAAAUGGAUGACCUUUUGGAUGUCUUCCAAGAAUCUUUCUCCGUUGCUUCUGAUCCUCUGGACACUUCUCGUUUCUACCCAUCACAUGCUGCUCUCUAUAAAGCCAAGAGAGAAGGAUACGGGGACCAGGAAUCCAGGAGAAGGAAAGCUCUGGCCGAGCAGUCCCAGAGAAGAAAGAACUUCCUUGAUCACUCUAGACGGAUAGCAGAGGGAGAGCCAGUGGACGAUGAUGAAGAUGAAAUGGAUGAAGGAGGAUACGACGAAGUCGACUCGGCCUCAGCUCGUCCCAAACGUUCUGCCCCUUACAGGAACCAGCUCAUGCUGUCCGAGUGGCUCGUUGACGUCCCACCCGAUCUCAGCGACAACUGGUACUUGGUCGUAUGCCCGAUUGCUAAACGAUGCUUGGUAGUUGCCGCAAGAGGAGUAACAACAGUGUAUUCUCGCACCGGACACUAUAUUAGUUCCUUUCCUUCUCAUAUUCCUGGUGGCUGCAAGAAGAGUGGACCCAAGUCGUCCGAGUACUCCAUUUUAGAUUGUUUUUAUGAUUCUCAAAGUUCAACCUACUACAUUCUUGAUCUAAUGUGUUGGAAAGGCCACCCAAUAUACGACAGUGAGGCUGAGUUCAGAUUCUACUGGUUGGAAUCAAAACUGAGUGAGUGCGAUUUCGAUCUCUCUCGUCAAACCCGUACUAACCCGUACAAAUUUGUGUCGCUGAAGCGUCAUGAUUGCUCACCAGAAUCAAUCACUAGGAUACUUUCUUUGCCUUCUCCUUAUCCUGUUGAUGGCUUCCUGUUCUUUCACAAAAAAGCUAAUUAUUCCUUGGGUCGUACGCCACUUGCUCUAUGGCUAAAGCCUCACAUGAUUCCAGAGGUUUUGGGUAUUUCAGUUUCUCAAGAGUUUUUAGACUGUUGCCCCGUCAUUGACUCGAGAUCAAAGAAAAUGGAGACAGAGAAAGGAGGAGGGGGGAAGAUGGAAAUUGAGAAGGAAGGUGGAGGCAAAGUAGAGAAAGGAAAGAGAAUAAAGAAAAUGGAAGAGGGAAAAAAGGCAGAAGAUUGCUCUAGAAUGGAGGACACGAUGAAUGAAAGUUAGAGAUGUGACAAUUACUUAGCAAAAUCAAGCACACUACGACAACCACCCAGUAGUAAUGGUAAUAAUAAUAUAAAAAAAUUAUGUCUAUUGUCAAAAAAUUAAAAUAUAUUUCUAAAAAAAUCACAUUAUGUCAAAUCUCA